AAAGGAUUGCAAUUAACAACCCUCUCUUAAUCCCUUCGUUUCACCUCCUACACGCUGCCUCAGCUUUGUCCACCUCUCCCUUGCAGUCUUACUCCUCUCCCACUCUCCUCCCCAAUCUGGAGUGGAUGCUGCUGCACUCAGCUGCUGAAUACGCUUUACUCACACUGCUUUCUUUUAGUUGUACUUUAUUGGAGAGUUUCUUCCUGGACUGUUUACUAGGCACAUAGUGGAUACAGCACAAGUAAAGUUGAGGAGUGAGCUGCUGAGAGGAGGAGGUGGAUCACCGACAUCACUAAUUUUGUUAUUUCAGCAUAUUUGCUUCCGAGAGGGCCCGGGUUCAUUGCCCAGACGCUCGAAUGCAUUUAUCACUGGAUACCAUGAACAUGGUGGACGACAGCUGCCUCUCUCCCAGCAACUUCCACGAAAUGGGCAAAGGUGGGGGUGCUGCAGCGGGGGGCCACGUCCACAGCAUUGAUGUCAUCCUUGGUUUCAGUAAAGACCAGGACCCCUUGCUAAGUCCUGCUGGUGCUCCGGGGCCCCACAAAGCAAAUAUAGAUGACCUUGCAGAACAUGGGAAGCAGCGGGAUGCCUCGGCACACCCUUCCUACAGUGGACACCUUUCUUCUGUGAGAAACAGUAGCACAGAGCAGCAGGAGUACCACAACACUGGUUUGUUCACAAACAAGAGCGAUGAUGAGCUGGGCGAGCUUAGGAAGAGCAUAGAGAGUGAUGAAGGCAAGUCUCCCGAGCCAUGCAAGGACGAUCAGCCCAAAAAGAAGCACAGACGAAACCGCACCACCUUCACCACCUACCAGCUGCAUGAGUUGGAGCGUGCCUUCGAGAAGUCCCACUACCCAGACGUGUACAGCCGAGAGGAGCUGGCCAUGAAAGUGAACCUUCCAGAAGUCCGAGUUCAGGUCUGGUUUCAGAACCGCAGAGCAAAAUGGCGUCGGCAGGAAAAAAUGGAUGCGAGCACCAUGAAGCUGCACGACUCCCCCAUGCUGUCCUUCAACCGUCCAGCACCAGUUCACAGCAGCAUGGGUCCGAUGACCAACUCCCUCACACUGGACCCCUGGCUGCCCUCUCCCUUGUCCAGCGCUACACCCGUCCACAGCAUCCCGGGCUUCAUGGGUCCAGCUCACGGCCUCCAGCCCAGCUACUCUAGCCAUGGGUUCCUCAACUCCCCUCCGCAUGCUCCACAUCCUCAUUCUCACGCUCAUCCCCAUCCGCCCAUGGGGCAGGGCAUGCAGAGCAUGGCGCCUCCUCCUUACCAGUGUCCAGCACCAUACACUGAUAAGUAUCCUCUGGAGGACGUAGACCAGCGCAGCUCCAGUAUUGCUGCACUGAGAAUGAAAGCCAAGGAGCACAUUCAGCAUAUGGACAAGACCUGGCAACCCAUGUGACCAACACACCUGACAAUCCAUGUGGCAAAUGCUGGGAAAGAAAGACAUUAAAAUGACAUUUUAGCAUGAAAAACAAAACACAAAAACAAUGAAAGAGCAGCUGUGUCUGCUGCACAAGGAGAAGAGGAGGUGGAUUUAGAACUGUGAAAAGUAAUGACGUUUUUGAGGACUUAAUUUUAAUUAUUUUUACUUUUCCUGUCUCAAGAACAUAAGAGUAUGGUAACAUGCUGUCAUUUUAAACUGCCAAGCACCAGAUUUCUGUUAUCACUCCAAUUUGUUGGUAUUACUUGUUGCCUUGGUUGUUGCAAAAGCAAAAAGAGCUCUCAGUGAUUGUUGCUCCCAUCACAACUGGCACUCAAGAAGCUAUUACAUUUGAAUGAAUAUCUUUGCGAGGCAAAAUCUUUUCAGUCAUUUUUCUGUCCGUAGUUUGCAUGUUUAGUAGGUUUCUGGUCGUACUUGCUGCCAUGUUUAUAGACUUGAGCCCUGAGUGUAAUUGCCCUGGUUUGGUACCCCCUCAAUGUACCACAGAACAUAUCAAAAAUAAUCCUGCACAAAUAAAAUCAUUUUCAAACGUCUGUUUCAAAGAACAAGGACAGGGAGAAAACAGACAUGCCAGCAAGCAGAUUAACUAUUUUUUGCUUGAGUAGUCGUUAGAGAAGAAAACCUGCUGGCAACUCGGUGCUGAGUGGCUGAGGGUAUGUGAGGGGCAGCAGAAAGAGUCCUGUGUGAUGCGUCACCCCACAUAGUUUAGUCUUUGUUCGGCACAAUUGAUCCAAGUGUAUCCUCUUUGUCUAAAACUAAAGGGGGAGAAACGGUCCCAGGCUGUACUAAAUAGGUCCAUUUUGUUCAGAAGUUUGCUUUUUCUUGAUCAAAUGACAAGUAACGUGGAUGUAACUGCAGAUCAGUAUUGGUUUUAUAUUAUCCCAUCUGAUACAGAGAUGAGUAUUAAGUAUCUUAAAAGGUAAAAAUGAAUGGGUUUAAACUUAAUAUGCAAUAAGGGCAGUAACGCCUCACAAAACUGAAUUUGUGUAGGUCAGUGUCAUGUAGAAAACUUUAAUCCAACAUGAGGGAGAACUGGUUCAUCCUUUUAAAGUGCAAUUUCAAAAUCUAUUCUUUUGUAUUUUUGUCUUUAAAAAAGAGAGAGAGUAAUUUUCCUUCAAAGUUCAUGCUGUUUUGUUGGGAUGUUUCACUUUUAAUAUGAUGUCAAACAGAACAGCUGCUCUUUUUUGCUGCUGGCCAUAUGGAUCAUUGCAGUCAUUUCUGGUUUGGGCUCAUUUUUAAAACUUCAGCUAUUCGUCAGUCAUCAUUUAGUUUUUUUUCAGUGGUGUUGGUUAGUUUUUUUUUUUUUUUUUAGAUGCAAUAAAGGAUCCGAGGAUUAUUUUCACUUUAACAGCGUCUAUAGGUUGCAAAAUAAAUGUGAUUCUGAACCAUGAUAAGCCAAAGGUUAGACAGUGAACAAAAUUGCACUAGAACUGUUUUAGAUUUGAUAUUCAAAAAAUGUGAAAAUGUACAGGAUAUUGUCUUACAAGUCCUAGUUAUGUUCAUUUUAGUGAUAUUGUUUUAUUAUGUAUUUGUUUGUUUGUUUUUUGUCUGGAUCAUAGAUGUUCAGAUUCUGGAAGGAACUAAGA